AUGGCUGACUUCCUCAUGGCUUUUAGAGCAAAUGCGGACAACACAGCUGUUCUCAACAACACCAUGGUGACGAAGACAUCUUAUUCACAAACACAACAGACAACAAACAAAAGACAACAAACACAGAAUGAAACUGAUGCUAACCUGCCCCUCAACUCAUAUAUCAAUAUCAAUGGGACUGACAACCUUGGAAUACCAUCCUCCUCAAACCCUUGCUCUGAUCAGGAAGAAAAAAUGAAGAUUGGAAUGAAAGAAAAAGUUUCAGAAGAUGAAGGUGGUAGAACAAGCCCUCUCAGUACCAUACCCCUCAACAGCAGUAGCAAACUUCCUCUAUCCAGGAAUCACAGUGGAUAUCACACACUGAAAGGAAACCAAGAGUCAGGUGUUGGCAUCUCAUAUGACCCUAAGAAACAGCAGGAGAAUGUGGUGCUGAGGAGGGGUUUUGUGCCAAGGACAGCUCCAGAGAGGGUGGCCCAAAGAAAGAGCUCCAUGGCUCAGUUGCAACAGUGGGUCAACCAGCGGCGGGGCAUGGCCUCGCAAGAGGACAUCAACAGACCAUCCUCUUAUUAUCCAGUGAACCAAGAGGUCUCAGCUGACUACAAUAGCUAUUCUGGUGGCCACCACUUUGUGAACGAAUACCCUCUGUACCUACCAGGGAUCCGACCAGACAGCAUCUGCUCUAUGUCUGCUGUGGGUGCACAUGACAGACACUGGACUAUUGAGCAAAAGCGACAUUCUCUAAGGGAUGGACCCCAUCAGCUGUAUGGACAACAGAUGCCCCAAGACCAACGAGGCUCACCGUACUAUGGUGGAAUGGAAACAUCAAUGAGACGCCUCUCCAUUCAACCACGUUCCAGGUCUGUGCCCAGAUCACCGUCCUUGUCAUCAGGGCGGCCCUACUCACCAGCACCAUGCAACUAUGCCUCACCUGGUCGAUCACCAUCCAGUUGCUUUGACCAGUUUUCUGGGAAGCUGAGGGAAGAUGCAAUCUAUCCACCAGUUUACAGCCUAAGAAGAUCUUUUAGCUCCCCAAAGGUGAAACACCCUGGUGAUAGGAAGUCAUUAAGCCAAGGAUUAUACUACAACAGCUACCCUGAAUCCCCUUCUGUCUACAGUAAGAUGGAGGAUAUAUUAGAUUUUCAGCUCCAGUGCAACCUGGAUUACCUAGAUCAACAGGUGCCUCCUUUCCAUGAUGUAUACAGCAGAGAGCUGCAUCCUACACUGAAACUCAAUGAGAUCGAAACCAGUAAGCUCUUGGGGCGACUAUGUGAGCAGAACCAAAUUUUGAAAGACCAUGAGGCAGUUGUCCACAGAUUAAGAAUAGAGAAGGACAGCCUAGAGGAAGCACUGUUGGCAACUCAUCAGGAGAUGGAGCUAUACCAUAACCAGCCGUUAAUCAUUCAAAAGCUGCAGUUCACAAAGGAAACCCAGCAGAACCAGCUGAUUAACAUCAGAGGGGAGCUCUCCCAGGCUUCCAGUGCUUUAACCACUGUUUGUAUGGAGUUUGAAGCUUUAGAGGAUGAGGCCAAUGCCAUCCAUGGAGAUCUAUGGGAGCAGCUUAAUGCAGGAGGGCAGAGUGAAUUAGUUCAGAGGCACAUCCAGAAAGAGUUUUGGAGAGUCCAGGACGUAUUAGAGGGUCUGCACAAAAACAGCUCAUCCAGAGGCAUCAACACAGCCAAGCACAAAGUGGCCAGUGGUGCAUCAGGCUCCUUUAGCACCAAUAGUCCAGCCAGUCCCCUCAGCUCAGUAAGCCUAACCAGCCCACUCAGUCCCUACUCCCCAGUGCCUGUUUACCAGGCCUCUCCCACUAAACAGUUGGUCCUGGAGGAAGGCGUUCCCCCUAGGCCUCCUCUUCCCAAGUCCUAUUACCCAUUGGAUCCCUCUAAUUCCUUUCCUCCCUCCAUCCUUCCUCUGUCUUCUGACACCACCAACUGGUUAUACACCUUGGGCAUCGAUGGUGGUUACCUUGAAGAUUCUAACUUCAGAAAGCCCAAGAUUGGAGAACUAAACAAUAUCAGUGAUGAUCAAGAGUGGGUCCAGAACAGGCAAUCUACCAUGAAUAAAGUUGGCAUAAUCCCUCCUAGAACCAAAUCCCCCACUGAUGAAUUGCAGAGGAGCUUUGCUGAAGUAAACAGCAGAGUGCCUAAUGGAAUCUCCAGGGAACGGCCCAAAAGUGCAGUGUUUCCUGUAGAAAUUAAGUUAAAGAUGAGUGUGGAGGAGCAGAAUGAGCGACUUCGUCGCAACCAGAGCAGCUCUGUGAAGGACAAAAGGCGAAGUCUAAACCUGUCAGGAGGACAGUCUCCAGCCACUUACAAAGUGGUUCGUAGGCAGCUGACAGCACAUGAGAUUGACAUCAAGGACUUAGAAAAGGCAGUACGAGGGCAGGGACAGGAGUCACCAGAGGAAGAAAUUGCUCGUCUGAGACGCCUGCAGAUGGAACCAGAACACGACCACAUCAGCAAAGAGCUCAUGGCUUCUGACAAGGUUCUGAUCCCUGAGCGCUACCUGGAUAUGGAGGAUGACACUCCUUUGAGCCCAGAGGAGCAGAAGGAGAAGGAGAAGAAACUGGAUCGAAUCAAGACCCUCAUUGCCAAAUCAAAUCUGCAGAAUAUGGUUCCUCUUCUAGAUGGUGCAGUGGAGGGUGGAGCUCCAGCUAGCUCCCAACAACAGUUGCAGGAGCAGGAAAAGCGGAUUGAGAUCUCCUGUGCUCUGGCUGCUGAGGCCUCUCGUCGGAGUCGCCUUCUCUCUGCUCAGUGCACCUCCAGUUCAUUCAUGUCCUCAACAAACCUGGUUUCUUCUCCUUCCUCUGCUGAUUUUCCCAAUUCCACCCACACCAUGAAGGUGUGAUUCUCAAGUUGGCUGCUGUUAAGUUUGAUGGAGCAUCUUUCUGAGGAUUGACUUGAAAACCUAGAACGCCUUGAGAAAACGGACUAAGGUUUUAGUAGCAAAUCCUUUGCAAAAAAUGUGUU